ACCUUACGGUCGUGCUUUCAUUAAAAUAAAAAAUAUUCAAUAAAUAAAAGGGCAACACUGAAGCAAACGUCAUAAGUUUUGCACUGUAGCGCCCUCUUCUGUCAGAUUGUUUUCUUUCGUGUUUGCGAUUUGUUUCCGUGAAUUUUUUGUGUAAGAAAUAUUGGACGAUAAUAAAUUCGCAGUGUUUUGUGUAUUUAUUAUUGAGUGCUUUCUACAGUUAUUAUAAACUUUAAUAGUUGUGAAAAUAAUCACCCACAGGAUCCGGUGGCUGUCCAUAUCAGCCAGACAACAGCUGUUCGUGUACAGGAGGCAUACUUCUUUUCACAUUUUAUGAGAUACAUGUCUAAGGCAGAAGCAAUGUUAACGAAAGGCGGUGGGCGCGUGACCGUGGCGGAGCGAUGAGCGCGGCGGCGCUGCGGGCGGACGGCGCGGGCGACUCCACGCCCGGCUCCGACGUCGGCGAGCGCAUCACGCGACUCUUCCCCAAGUGCCGGCCGAAGAACAUGCAGCACCAGCACGACAGACUGAACUCCGGCCUGGAGGGGCGCGACAACAAUGUCAACAACCUGUCCUCUGACGAGGAGCGGGACAGCCAGCUCGUCAUACUCAACUCCAAAGGCGGCACCUACAAACUUAGGGAUUCUAGGAUAAUAGAAAUAGCUGGCGGCCGCGAACUGUAUUCGGCGAGCCGGACGAAGGCCGUGCGCAAGCUGCGGCACAACAGCACGCACAAACACAACAUGAGGAACAGGGUGCGAGCGCUCAAUAAAGACCCCGUCGAGUAUGACAACAUUACCAACGAAUUACCACUCCACAGAAUAAAUAGCGAGCCCAAAAAGAUAUCGCGUCACACGUCGCCCACCUACACGAACGGUGACAAAGAACCCUUGGAGCCGAGAGAUAGUAUGGGGAUCCCUAAAAACAGUUCACCAAUACUGGACCCCCAUAAAACGACUGACGUCAGCACCAAGAGUAGUCCCAUAGCGGUGGUGGCUGACGGUGAAGUGGUGGUUUUUGAUGAUAACGAUGACUGGAAAGUGAUAUUGAAUUCUGUGUCUCUAGGUCUGAGGACUGAGCCGGACGCAACUGACGAUGAGAUAGACACGAGUGUUAGGAGGACUUUAGAGAAUAUGAAAAAUGGUGAUAUUGUGAACAAUAAAAGUGAGAGUGAGGGCAGUGACUCGUCUCCGUCACCCGAGGAUGUGAGGCUGAGUGACUCGAGCCCCCCGGGCGUGUGGAUGUCGGGGGACGAGGACAAGAACAGGGUCACGAGGGUGAUCGGGGAACUGCCCAUAGCGGAGUACGAGGGCUCCCCGAGGAGAUACGGAGUCGGGUCGGUGAAGGCUACCAGUAAUAGGUCGCCGAGGCCUGGGUUUCCACAGAGGGUAGUAACAGAGAGCAGAGAUAUAACCCCGCCGUCGGGUUCGGCGGCGUUCGACUACCUCUACGAAUUCUCAGAGACGAGGAAAGUUCUAGAAGAGUUCUUCAAAUGUCCAGCUAUGGCCGGACAGAUGGCGCUGAACAGCAACGAUGAAAUUGUAAAUUUUCAGGACCUGGAUUACGAGCUGAGACGUCAAACACAAGAGUGCCCGUCGGAGAACGGGCUGGAGGGCGGCAGCGAGUCGGAGUGGCCUCAGCCCACGGACACUAUGGACUCUCCCCACACAACUCACAAUCACACCAAUUUCUUAGGAUUACAGCAACAAAGGGCGCGGUACCCGGAGCCGAACGUGGCGGAGCUGAGCGUGGGGCGCGCGUGGAGCGGGCCGGCGUCGCCGCGCGCCCGCGCGCCCUUCGCGCUGUCCUCCGACACCAGCGACACCGGCAGCGACCUCUCGCUCAUGCUCAUGGAGGAUGAGAUAUCCGAGCUGAAAGUUCGCGAAUUGGAGGCGAAUCGAGUCGUGGUGACGCAUUUACCUAUCGUGGAAGACGGGCUGUCUUCGGAGCACGCUUCGGACAAUGACAAUAAUAACCAGAUGAUUUCAAUACAGAACCACUCAUCUGUCGUGAUUCAAGAAAUUGUGGAGAACGGAACGAACACGGACCCUCACUUACUGACGGAUGCGGACUUGCAUUCUUUAGAUCCAUUGGCGUCGUGCGGCGAAGUGGCGCCGCCGCCGCCCGCGCCCGCGCCGCACCGGCCCGCGUCGCCCGCGCACGCGCCGCGCCCCGACGACGUCUACCCGCCCAGAAAAAGGCCGACUUCAGCGCAAAGUGGAGAUUCAGUAGAAAUAAAACCAACCAGUGGAGAUGAAGACGAAGCGGACACAGACCUAGAGACGGACCGACUGCUUGGUCAGCAGCGGACAGACGACCAAGGAUUCUUUGACGAGAAGGGUUGGCGAAAACCGAAAUCGCGCACUGUGAUGCCCGCGGGCAGCGUGACCGGAGCGGCACGGUCACCUCAUGCACACGAACCCGACAACCAUGAUAACGAUGCACACGCACUGCACAAUGGAAAGGACAAAGAUGGCAAAAAGAAAUGUAAAAACAAAGAAGAUGCGGCUCGUAAAGUUCUUAUCGAAGGAGUUUUAUUCCGAGCUCGAUAUCUCGGUUCUACACAACUGGCAUGCGAGGGACAGCCUACCAAAGCAACGAGGAUGCUUCAAGCUGAAGAAGCCGUCUCCAGAAUCAAGGCACCCGAAGGUGAAAACCAACCUAGCACAGAAGUGGACUUGUUCAUAUCGACCGAGAAAAUAAUGGUUCUGAACACGGAACUGAAAGAAAUCAUGAUGGACCACGCGCUAAGGACCAUAUCCUACAUCGCUGAUAUUGGAGAUUUGGUGGUACUGAUGGCCAGGAGAAGAUUUGUGCCGCAUGAAAACGAUUCCGAUCAACCGAAAUUGAACCGAACGCCGAAGAUGAUAUGUCAUGUUUUUGAGAGCGAAGAGGCUCAAUUUAUCGCCCAAUCGAUAGGUCAGGCAUUCCAAGUGGCAUACAUGGAGUUCCUAAAGGCCAAUGGGAUAGAAGACCAUAGCUUUGUCAAAGAAAUGGACUACCAAGAAGUUUUGAACAGUCAAGAGAUUUUUGGGGAUGAGUUACAGAUGUUUGCGAAGAAGGAGUUGCAGAAAGAGGUGGUGGUGCCGAAGACGAAAGGGGAGAUCUUGGGGGUGGUGGUGGUGGAGUCUGGGUGGGGGUCCAUGCUGCCGACCGUGGUGAUCGCCAACCUCGCGCCGGCGGGCGCGGCGGCGCGGUGUGGACAGCUCAAUAUAGGUGAUCAAAUAAUCGCAAUAAACGGUGUCAGCCUAGUCGGGCUGCCUCUGUCCACGUGUCAGACCUACAUAAAGAACUCUAAGAACCAGACGGUGGUGAAACUGACCGUGGUGCCGUGCGCGCCGGUCGUGGAGGUCAAGAUUAAACGGCCGGACACGAAAUAUCAACUCGGGUUUAGCGUGCAAAAUGGCGUCAUAUGCAGUCUCCUCCGUGGCGGCAUAGCUGAGAGGGGCGGCGUGCGAGUGGGACACCGCAUCAUAGAGAUCAACUCACAGAGCGUGGUCGCAGUGCCGCACGAACGCAUUGUCAAUCUACUGGCGACAUCUGUUGGAGAGAUCCUGAUGAAGACGAUGCCCACGUCGAUGUUCCGGCUGCUGACGGGGCAGGAGAACCCGGUGUUCAUCUAAGCGCGAGCCGGCGCGCACCAAGUGCCUGCUUACGAUAUACGCAACGCCCGCCGGUUUUGUCGUCCUCGCUUUGUUUAAACAAACAGACAGACUAAAGAGAUCUGUACGAUUCGGAAUAAUGUAUGGCGUUAAGGCGGAAAAAUAUUAUUUGGUUUCGUAUCAAUUGGUGUGUUUUCUGAAUUAAUACUUGUUCUUUACUUGAUUUUUUUAUACCUCCAUCUCUUUCUAAUUGGUCUAAUUUGAAAGAUGCAUGCAAUGAAAAAACGUAAUGCAAUGUUUCCAUAUUUUCAAGUAAGUAUAUGUGGCAUUUUUACUGUCUUAUAUUAUUUCCAUUUUUAUGAAUAACACAGGCUGCAGUAAUACAUAUAAAUUAAUAACACAUUGCCAUUUCGAAUAUUGCUUAAACAUACAAGAAUGGUUGAUGGUAUUAUGGAUAAUUAAAAUAUAGUUAAUGAUAAGAGAUCAUAAAUACGAAAUGAUUUUUUUUUAAUGUUUGGGAUCAUUCAAAAGCAAAAAAAUAAUUAUAUUGGCAUUUAAUAUUGGGUGGUUAAUUUUCAACGGCCGAUAUUGAUUUAGUUUAGGCGAUAUCCUGGUAUCAGAAAAUUUCUUAUAGAGAUUAUAUUAUUAUUGAUGCCAGCAACAAGGACUUUCCGUAUAAUAAACACCAAUGAAAUGUUUAGAAAAUAAAGGUAAUCUUCUUUUUUAUUAUCUUCUUUCUUUUCUUAAAUAGAUACCAAUGUUGUUAAAAAAAGCGAGGACGAAACCCAUAGCUUAGCUGAACAAAAAAAUACUCAAAAACAAAACAAUGUGAUGUCAAGUCUCAGAAUGCUUACAAUGCUUACGUGGCUAAAUAAGAUAGACAUAAGUUGUAUUUUCUCUCUAGAUUGUGCUGGUUUUGUGCUUGCUACUUCGGUGUCUGUAGUCGUUAUGCUGGUUCAAAUCCUAUCCUCAUUAUUGAAUAUAGUAGCAAACACAAAAUCAGCAUUCCUUCGUCAUGACAACGUGUAAACAUACUCCAUUUAAUCAUAACGAUUGUACCUAUAAAUUUAAUAUCGAAAAAAAAAAACACUUAUAUCUGCUUAGAUAGUGUCGUAUUAAUAUAGAAAGUUUCGUUCUAAGCUUGAUGUUAUUAAUGUGAAAACAAGUUUCCCAUUGGACAAUAAAUCCGUGGAGUUUACUUGCUUCUAACUGGCAACACAUUUUUUAUCGUAACAGAUAUAUAUUUUUGGUUUAAAUUUCACAGGCGUAAACAUUUAUACUAGAUGUAAUUAUCAUUAAAGACAAUACGUAAGAUAUUUAUUUGGUGUGUAUCUAGAGUUUAAAAGUUAAGUAUAUCUAAUAGCUAUUUUUGCCAUAAAUUUCAUUCAAGGUUAAUGUAUAACGGAUCUGCCAUUCUUUUUAUGGAGUAUUUUCUAUUGUUCUUUUUUAAUUUCUUUUAGAUUUAAGUUUAUCAACAACAAUUCGUAACAUUUCUUGUCAAAGCAUUCCAUUGUUGUUUUCUUUGCCAUAUUUUUUUUGUAGCAAAUUAGAAUUGUGUUCUGGUUUCUUUCGUCGAAACAAAAUCAUCCGUAAAACAAAUAUAAAAAUUUGAAAAGGGAAGUUUUUUGGGCAAUGGGCGGACACACACUCAACAAUUAAAUAAUUUAUAAAAAUCUUAUAACGAAUGAGAAUAUAAUACCUAAUUAACGUUCGAUACGAAAUUACAUAAUACCUGGAUACAAUUCGGCUUUGCUACCGAAGGACCUGUUGUUUAUUGUGUUUUUUAUUUAUUUAUAAUUAUAUUAUUAAAUGAUAUUAUUUUACAACCGUAAAUUAAGUACAUGUUUUACAGACCGUGCACCAUAGUUCAAACCAGAUUUUUCAAUCCACAUUACAUUCACGAAGAAUCUCUUCAGCUUAAAAUCUGUAUUUUAGUAUAAUUGAUAAAAUUUAGUCGUUCAAAUAGUACCUACCGUGGUGGAAGAGUACUUUUGUGAAAAUAUUUCAUAAUUAUGUAUAGCUUAGAUAGAAACAGUUGGUCUUUGAAUUUAAGGGUUUAAAUGAAUACGAGAUUGAUUAUCCAUUUAAUAUGUGGUAGAAGAUUAUGUGAAGUGGAAGAGAAUCAAUUUUAAAGAGGAAAAAGGAUGCAUAUUUAAAUUAAAUUAAUUAUUUAUUUUGUUCUAUUAAUCAUACUUAAUUUUUUUCUAGUCAUCUCACCUUCCAUUGAAUGUUUUACUGUGGCCGCGCCAUUCCUACUACCUAGGUAGGAUCAGGUUCCCUUAGCCCACGAUUAAAGAGUGGUCUAAGGGAAUACAAAAAUUAAGGGAAUGGUAAAAUAUGAAUACAAUUGAGUCGACAACCACAAUCGGUUUAUACUGACCAGCCCCUGUUAAUUCUCUAACGUUGACAAGGAAUGUCGUCUCUCUUUUUAACAGUUUGGAUUCAGCAAAAAUAGAGAGGGGAAAGAUAAUACGAUAUGUUCGAUAAAUAUGCGGCGUACAAUGUGGCCUAACGUGAGGUUUUAGCUAAUAUAGAGCAAAAUGGGUUAAAGUAUUGCAACACUAUGUUUAAGUGGACAAUCAAUCUUACCUUUCUGGAUUUCACAUAACAUCAUUUGAACCCGGAACAAAAGAUCUACGGUGAUCAUACAAAAAAGAAUUGAUUAGUGGAUCAUAGUACAUAAAUAAAGCAUUAUUUCUUGUAGUAUUUCAAAAGAUAUAUCAUAUUUUGUAAAUUUUAUAGUGUCGCUAUAGCAUUCCUAUAUGUAAUCUAUAUCUGUAUGUAUGUCUGUGUUCUUGGCUAGGCUUAGCGCUCUGGGGACGAGUACAUUUAUUUAUGUAUAAUACUUAUUAAGUGAUAAUUGGUAAAACUUAGUUAACCCUUUCGAAAUAUCCCGCUUUUCCUUAUAAAUAAUAACCAACCGCUUUUGGUAUUAUAGCUGUGAAAGUUAUUUUAAGGGCCGGUAUCUUCAUUAUUUUUUAUUUAGGUAUGUGAAUUUCAAUAUGAAGAACGUAGGUAUUCGUGACUUCUCGUAUCAAAAUGGCGACGAGUGCGUGACAUUUCGAUAACAUUUCGCUCGCACGGUGGGUGAUGAUGAGUGACGGACAUGAAUAUAGGCCAUUUAUUGAGCUUACCCAAAAUUUAGUUAAUAUUCUUACGUUCUUAGAAUAACUGGCAACUCAACAAAACAAUUUUGUGACUGACAUAAAAAAAAAGCUUAUCAUGACCUAGACUACAGUAACACAAGUUUGUGACAUGGCGGCGGACAUCAAAUCUCGAACUAAUAAACCCUUUAGUUUCAAAUUUUGUUAGAUACCGGUCCACAUUUCUCUGUCGUUCCAGUUAAUAUAGGUACACAGUCUGAUAUGUAUGUAAUUUUGUAUUGCUAGCUGUUGUGAAUAAGAAUUAUUUACAUUGAGAAACACAGAUAAUAAAUAGCCUUUUAUUGUGAAAGCUGGUAUAUGGUAGGUACACUGUAACAUGUGAAAUAACUAUUGUUGUUCUCAUUUCUAAGAGUAUUAUUCUAGUCUGCAUUAAAGUUAAGAAUAAACUGAACA